CAGAACACAACUAAACAUUAUGUUCUGUGAUGCAUUAUUCCUUCAAAGGACAGGAGUGUUUGGGCUUUUGGCUUCUUAAUUUCAUCUAUAAAAUUAUGGACUUAUCUAACCAACCUGAUAUGGAAAGAGCUAUGGAAUAUGCAGAGUAUAUUUUGGCAUGCUCUGACCAGAGUCCUGCAACUUUUGUUCAACCUAGUACUGGAUCAACCAACAAAAGUAAAUCCAUCACUCAAAAACUGAUUGAUCUAUACAUUGAAGAAACAAUGAAGGAACCAGAAAACACAAAUUUACUGUAUGCCUCUCAUUUGCUGGCAAAACUGACAAAAAGAGAGCGCCUGAACUGUAUGGUUCUCAGUCUAUACCCAGGCAAUGAAGGUUACUCAAUUAUGCUAAAAUCUAAAAGUGGAGUGGAGUCAGAAACUAUGAAAUUACCAUAUGAAGAGUCUGAAAUUCUUGAAUAUAUAGAUGCUGCACAGUUACCUCCUUUCCUUCUUGAUCUGUUGGAAAAAGCUCAGAUGAAUGUAUUCUACAGCGGUUGUGUCAUUGUAGAAGUACGAGAUUAUCGGAGGUCGGCAACUGGCUCACAUGAUACACAGUAUGUUCUACUGAGACCCUCACCCCAGUCACUGCUAAGGGAUGUCACUGCUAUGAGCUGUGAUGGUCGUCCAUGGACUCAAGAUGAGAUCUUCCACUUAGAGAGUGAACUUAUCCUUGCCACAGAGGAACCCUUGUGUCUAGAUCCAUCUCCUGCUGUUAUGCUGAUAGAAAAUGCUUUACAAUAUGAAGAAAAAUAUUUAAAUGACCCUGCAUUAAAAAGAUCAGUAAAACGCUACACCCAAGCUGCAGUCAACAAAAAGCGCAAGUUAGCACAAGCACCUGCACCGAGUGGAAUGAGGCUCCAUGAUUUCUUAUCUAAAAAGAAGGAGAAAAACAAAGUUAUUACUCAGCCGGGCUUGAAUAAAGCUAGACUGGUGAUAGAUGGAUUCAAGCUUAAGUCUUCCCCUCAGCUUACAAUCCCAGAGUCUAUUGAUGUUAAAAAGUUUGCAAAACUGCCAGAAACACCCUCAGCUGAUGGAAUGAUUUUUGUAGAAGAGCAUACAAUGGAGAGAGAUCCAACACUUGAACGCCAUAUGAUGGCCAAGAUCACAAUCUAUCAACCCCAGUUGGGUGACAACUACUUUGGGGAAUUUUAUUUGGAUCACGAUUACACUCAAGGCCGAACAGGGGAUGAAGGGCGUAGAUGCAGAUUUGUCCUAGGUUCAAGACAAUGUGUUGACCGGUACCUUCAACAAUUCAAAGAUUUGUUUACAGAAGAGGGGAAAUUACAAGUGAAAAUUGCUAUUUUAAAAGCAAAUGAGCCUGCACCUACUAUACAUUACACACAGGUCAUGCCUCAAACCAUCACCAACUUGACGCCCACUGCUAUCACAAUCAACAACGCCCAGACCAUAAUCAAACAGGUGACGACCCAACAGCUGGUCAAGCCAGGGGAGAUCACCACAACAAACAUGGGCACUGUGGCCAAUCUGGCCAACAAAAGAAACAUACCCAUACAGUUGUCUUUGUCAUUGAGCCCUGCUGUCAGUUUGUCAUCCACGCAAGGUAUCUUUGCACAAGCCAAUGCUACUGGCAUCCCGUCUUCAUUAUCAGCACAAUUUUUAGCUUCAACUGUCCAAUCAGGCUCCAUCACUGCCCAGAGGAUGAAAACACCUGUAACCAUUACAGGUCAACUGAGACCAAGCUCAUCACCAUUAGCAAGCCCUGUAGCGCCACCUAAAGUUUCUACUCCCCAGCAACUUCAUAUACCAACAGCUUCAAUGAUUGCAUUGCCCAAAGCUCCCACCCCCACCCCUGCACAAACCCCUCCACCCAAUGCUCGAACCCCUACCCCAACUGGCGCAAGGAGAUCAUCAGGAGCAGAGCAAGCGUCCAGCGCUAGUCAGCAGCAACAGCAAGUGCAGCAGCAGAACAUUGCUAACUUCUUGCAAGGUCUAGCUUCCGGAGCUUCCCAGGCUAAUUCAGGAGAGAACCAACAGCAAUCAGGGGGUAUUGCCAACAUAAGUAUUGGGAAUCUUCCACCUAAUAUAAAUAUCCAAGGUCUGACAGGAAUACCUGGGGUGAACAUCACAAACUUGUCAGGCCUUCAACAAGUAUCACUAGCACAGAUAGCUGUACCAAUUACAAUGAUCAAUAACAAUCCAUCUUUACUUCAGACUCAGUCUGGCAUAUUGUGCACCUCCUCUUCAACGUCUGGUUCGAGUACGACAACAUACGUAACCAUGGUGACAGCCCUUCAAGCAUCCACAUCAAACACUUCCACCAGUACCAGCACAUCCAUGUCCUCACAGAUCUCAUCUGCCUCUAGUCAUUCCUCCAAUACAGCCACAGUGCUGCCUCAAGGGUCAAACAUGUUGUCGUUCCCUGUGGGCCUGAGUGGGAUCACACAGCUGAUGCCUGUCUCGGCUAAAGGUCAAGGCAACCAAGGGAUCAGGGGGUCAACCAUGCCACUUUUACAGCUACAAGGUCAGCAGGGACAAAUACAGCUUUUAAGUUUACAGCAGCAGCGAGGUCAAGUAAAAUCUGGCAAUAUUACAGCUACAUCCACCCAACAAGGAGUUGCCAGGUUGACUCAGGGAACAAGCUCAACUGUUCCACUUUCUUCAGUGUUAACAACCCAACAAAUAUCAGCCCUUGCUGGCAAGUCAGGAGGUGGAACAGCUAUAACACCACAGCAGUUAAUUCAGCUAACUGGUGGGGCACAGGCAACACUUAGCCAAGGAACAUCCCAGAUGCCGACCCAUGUGGCUUUCCAAAAAGGACCCACAGGUGGACCACAGACCCUGCAGUUUCACUCCCUACAACUCAAACCCACAACAGCUACAUUAGCGCAAGCCCAGAGCAAUUUAAAAAGUAAAAACAAGAAAAGAACAACACCAACACCACCAAAAUAGAUUACUUCCUGUUUCUGAGACUAAUUUUGUUUUAAAAUUUAUUUAAAAAAAAUAAUCUUUUAACUGUUUUGAUUUAAAACAUUUUAAUUUUAAGACAACAUUGAAAUGCAUAACCAAAUUAUUUAAAUCUUCCAGUUGCCAGAAUCAUAAUUUGUUUUUCUUGAAACUAUGAAUAUUCUCAUACGAAAAAUUUCACUAGUAAAGUAAAUAAAGUAAUAAUAAUAAAUACAUAGUGCUGUUGACCAGUAAUCAAGCCUCCAACCUUCAUAUUAACAAAUGUGGCCCAUAUGUUUGUGUUUAUGCUUAUUUCAGGCAAACAUUUUGAACUAGGAAGAUUUCACUUUGUUAAGAGGUGAUUAUAGAUAUCCCACUGUAUAUACCCUUAACAGAUGGUGUUCAUUUCUUUGGAGAUAGUCUGUAGCUGUGAAAAGCUAGAAGUAUUAAUUGUACAUAUUUGGAAUAUUGUAAAAUUGUUACCUGAAAGCUAUUGUAAUGUUUGUACAUUCUACAAUUUGUGUGUGUAAAAUUGUAUAGAAUUAACAUUUUUAUUGUUACAAUGUUUUUAUUGCUAUGAAGUGUUUGUAGAUUAAAUAGCUAUGUUCUUGCCUAUCAAUAAAAAUUCCUAAAUUUUCAAAUGUUGAAAAGGUUUUUGUUCAGGUUUAGCCAGUGAAAAAAAAUGCAAUCCAUUUAAAAAUAUUUGGUGAGGAAUGUUCACUAAGAUGUAAUUUUUACAAAGUAAUAAGAUUUUAUUUAGCUAGGAUGCAUAUGCUAAAUCUGCAUUUUAUUGUAUGGAUGGU